GGAUCCUGCGUGUAGGCCUCUGACGUCGCGACAAUGCACAACAGGUGAAUCAACUGUACACAGAUGCAGACUUUGCACAACAGAUGAGCUAACCCGCAUCAUACCAGUCCAAAACACCUUCCAAACAGCCUUGUCAUCGCAAACCCCCCGGCAUAUGGCCCAAAACAACCUCUAGCCCGUCACCUCCUCGCCCUCCUAGAAGAAUGGCACCGGCAACAUCCAACCCCACCGCCAUGCAAAUACAAAUACCGACCAGGAAACCCCAAUCCAAUGCCCUUCAAGGUAUUCGGCCGCGACGGGACCGAAUUACAACUCGCGUGCUACAAAAUCGUCUCCCCGCAACGCUACUGGAUCCUCGUUCUGUGUACGCCGGGUCAAUCAGAUAAGAUUGUUGCGUGUUCCAGUUUACGGGUGCGUCUCAAGACCUUUUUGGUGUGCUGGGCGGGGUGUGAGAAGGGGUAUGAAAAGAGGUGUUGUGCAGUUAGGAAGUUUGGGUCGUCCUUGGAGGAUGUGUGGUUUUCGGAGGAGUUGUGGGAAGAUGAACCUGAGGAUGUUGAGCCGUUGAGGUUGAAUUCGGGGUCCGGGGUCAAUGGCUCCAAAGAAGAGAAGACGCAGAAGAGGCGCAAAUCGAUCAAUUCGGCUUCUCGCCGGCCGGCCCCGGCUCCGGCACGGAACAGUCUGUUGGAUGAAGAGGAGUCAUCGGCGGAAGAAUCGUCCCCCCGAGUCGUAAAGCAUACCCCAUCAUUGAACAGGUUAGCCGUCAAAGCCCUGCCCGAGUUCGGACCCCAGCAACCGCUCGCCAGACACCUCGUCAAGCUUCUAGAAGAAUGGCACAGAAAGAAUCCCACUGGAUAUCCACCUUGCAGAUACCAAGGACUCCAUUCUAGCAAAAUCAGACCGCAUUCCUUCAAAUCCAAGAUCUUCGCUCGCGAUGGCACUGAGCUGGAACUCGCCUGCUACAAAAUAAUGGCCCCGCGAAAUUAUUUCGUCCUCGUGCUGUGCCCCUCAAACAGUCCGCAUAAAAUCGUGUGUUGUUCUAGCCAGCGGACUAAAAACAUGACGUUUCUGGUAGGCUGGGCUGGGUGUAAUGAGGGCUAUGAGUCUAAAUGCUGCGCGGUUAGGGUGUUUGGCUUGACGCUGGACCGUAUUAAGUAUUUGCCAGACCUGUGGGAUGACGAGCCUGGUGUUGCUGCUAUGCCGAAUACGCCCAAGGUAUAUGACACAAAACGGAGGUCGGCCGGUUCGGCUGUCCGUCGUGCAUCCCCGUCUCCUAGCAGUUCGUCGGAUGAAGAGGAAUCCGCCACAGAUGAUCCGUCUGAGAAUGAAUCAAUUGGAGAAGGGGCGCCUAGAUCGAAGCGGCGGAAGUCAGACCAUCACAACCGUGAUAAUAACAACCCCGAUAACCACCCUAAACAUGUCAGCGAGAACAACAAUAACCAAAGCACAAACACAACAUCUUCCACCAAAGAAACGCAUGUGGUUUUCAAAUUAAUCUCAGACUUUGCAGACGCAACCCGCUCAUUCCCGUCCGAUGAAUGUGCGACUGGGAAGCACCUGUUUGCCAAAUCAAAAGAGUUCUUUCGGCUUUUUGACCAGGACGCAGAAGUGAAAGUCUUGUCCUGCCGCAUUCCUGCUCGCCAUGAACGUCCAUAUCUGUUCGAGGGCAAGGAAGGCGAGUUUAGGCUGUUGCUUCAGGACCUGAAGGAUUCAACCACUGGUAUCGUUAAUAAUAUCUUGACCGUUGAGAUCAAGUGCGUGGCUUAGAUUAGACCUAUGAUACCAAUGUAAUU